AUGCCGAGGCUCAAUGUAAAAAAGAAACAACGCGUCGACAGCUUCAUCGCUCAACCACACGGCAACGUUUUGGCCCAUCUCAGCUUUUUGGACAGUCAGAUGCAUCGGCCCAAACCCUCCGCCGCGGGAUCGACGCCCUCCAAAGCCAGUCGUCUUUACUCUGCUGGGCCCAAGGACUCCCUCGCCCUCUCCAAACCCUUCAAAUGUCCUGGCUCAGAAACCCGCCGCGUGUCCGAGAAACCAGCCCGCAAACGCCGUAAGGUGAACUACGCCGGUGCCGACGGCAGCGUUGAUGAUGACGCCGUUAAGCCGUGGACAAAUGAGGACCGUCUCGCCCUCGCAAACCGUGACGUUAAUCGUUUCCCUGUGUUCAAGGUCAAAGAUAAAGAGACGACGUUUCGUCAACGAUUUAACAUCCCUUUGAUUGAUAAGACAAGCGGUAACUAUGGUUCCACGCGCGCCGCACCGACGCUGGGGAUGCGUUGUGGAGCGACGUUUGUAGUCAAACCAUUACAUGAUCCAAGCGGGGAGUUUGCAAUUGUCCUUUAUGAUCCAACUAUUGACGAUAAGCCGGAUGCCAAAGAAGAGUGUGAGGAAGCUACUGGAGAUAAAGGCGGCGAAGAAGAGGCGAAGAAGGUGCUAGAUCAGCCAUUGAUGCAUAAGAGUUUGGCAGAGAUACUAGGGAUUAAGAAGAAUGUGGACGAGAGGCCGAAGGUGCCUGUCGUUAUUGACCCGAGGCUUUCGAAGAUAUUAAGACCGCAUCAGGUCGAGGGUGUGAAGUUUCUGUACCGCUGUACGACUGGACUGGUCGAUAAGAAUGCCAGUGGCUGCAUUAUGGCUGAUGGUAUGGGGCUGGGGAAAACGUUGCAAUGCAUCACGUUGAUGUGGACACUGCUUAAACAAUCGCCCGAAGCGGGCAAACCGACAGUUCAAAAGUGUGUCAUCGCAUGUCCUGCAACACUAGUAGGAAAUUGGGCGAACGAGUUAGUGAAAUGGCUGGGAAAGGACGCCAUAAACCCUUUCGUGAUCGAUGGCAAAGCAUCAAAGGCAGAGCUGAUAUCCCAACUACGGCAAUGGGCCAUUGCCUCUGGCCGUUCUGUCGUCCGACCAGUGCUGAUUGUGUCCUACGAAACAUUACGAAUGAACACAGAUGAACUUCGAGAUACACACAUCGGACUCCUUCUCUGCGACGAAGGCCAUCGUCUAAAAAACGCAGACAGCCAAACUUAUGUAGCGCUAAAUCGCCUCAACGUUCAGAAACGGGUUAUCCUUUCUGGAACACCUAUCCAGAAUGAUCUUUCCGAGUAUUUCAGUCUUCUAGACUUUGCUAACCCCGGCAUCCUUGGGUCACGCACUGAGUUCCACAAGAAAUAUGAAAUCCCUAUUCUCCGCGGCCGUGAUGCAGACGGGACGGACGAACAGCAGAAGAAAGGCAACGAAUGUCUCGCGGAGCUCCUCAACCUAGUAAAUAAGUUCAUUAUUCGGCGAAGCAACGAUAUUCUCUCCAAAUACCUCCCCGUCAAAUACGAGCAUGUCGUCUUCUGCAACCUCGCUCCGUUCCAACUCGACCUAUACAAUCACUUCAUCCAAAGUCCCGAAAUCAAAAGCCUUCUCCGUGGCAAAGGCAGCCAGCCGUUAAAGGCAAUCGGCAUCUUGAAAAAGCUCUGCAACCAUCCUGACCUCCUCAACCUCUCUGAAGACCUACCAGGCAGCGAGAAAUUCUUCCCCGAAGACAUGGUCCCCUCCCACGGCCGCAGGGGAGACCGAGAAGUGAAAUCUUGGUAUUCUGGCAAAAUGAUGGUCUUAGACCGGAUGUUGGCGCGCAUCCGGCAGGACACCAAUGACAAAAUUGUUUUGAUCAGCAACUACACGCAGACAUUAGAUCUUUUUGAACGCCUUUGUCGAUCGCGUGCGUACGGCUGUUUACGCCUCGACGGGACCAUGGGUGUCAAGAAACGAUCGAAGCUGGUCGACCGGUUCAACGACCCGAACGGGGAAGAGUUCGUCUUCCUACUCUCCAGUAAAGCCGGUGGAUGUGGUAUCAAUUUGGUUGGCGCAAACCGCCUAGUCUUGUUUGAUCCCGACUGGAACCCAGCUGCAGACCAGCAGGCGUUGGCUCGAGUUUGGCGUGAUGGCCAGUCAAAGGACUGCUUUGUCUACCGUUUCAUCGCCACGGGAACAAUCGAAGAAAAGAUCUUCCAGCGUCAGUCGCAUAAACAGUCCCUCUCGUCGUGCGUGGUUGAUUCGGCACAGGACGUCGAACGCCAUUUCAGUCUCGACUCGCUACGAGAGCUAUUCCAGUUCAAACCGGAUACCAGCAGCGAUACACACGAUACCUUCAAGUGUAAACGUUGCAGGCCUGAUGGGACACAGCAUAUCAAAGCGCCCGCGAUGCUCUACGGGGACACCAGUUCUUGGAACCAUUUUGUCAACAAGGGCGAGAAGGGGCCUAUGGGUAAGAUCCAGGACCUGUUGCUAAGGCAGGAGACGACUGAGCAGGCUGUCAGUGCAGUAUUCCAGUAUAUCAGCCAUUAG